AUGGCUGAGAUCCGUCGCAAGCUCGUCAUCGUCGGUGAUGGUGCCUGUGGGAAAACUUGUUUGUUGAUUGUCUUUUCCAAGGGCACAUUCCCUGAGGUCUACGUCCCCACUGUCUUUGAAAACUACGUUGCCGAUGUCGAGGUCGAUGGAAAACACGUCGAAUUAGCCCUAUGGGAUACGGCUGGCCAGGAAGAUUACGACCGUCUUCGACCUCUAUCCUACCCAGACUCUCAUGUGAUCCUCAUUUGCUUUGCUAUCGACUCCCCCGACUCGCUCGAUAACGUUCAGGAAAAGUGGAUUUCCGAGGUCCUUCACUUCUGCCAAGGUCUUCCUAUCAUCCUCGUCGGUUGCAAGUGCGACCUGCGACACGACCCUAAGACCAUUGAAGAGCUGGCAAAGACAUCUCAGAAGCCUGUCACCCCGGAACAGGGUGAGGAGGUGCGCAAGAAGAUUGGUGCCUACAAAUACCUCGAGUGCUCGGCCAAGACCAACCAGGGUGUCCGCGAAGUCUUCGAGUCUGCCACCCGUGCCGCUCUGUUGACCCGCAAGAGCGGCAAGAGCAAGAAGUGCUUGAUCUUGUAG